AUGGGUAAUGUGAUUCAUGCUUGUUGCAUGGUAAGUCAUGAUCAAGGGUCAUUUCCGAAAGUAAUUUAUUGGGAAGGAAACACAAAAACCCUCACAAGAAAAAGACAAGUAGCUGCAGGAGAAAUCAUGUUUGAGUUCCCAGAGAGCAUGGUCUGCGAUGCUGAUCGCUUCUUUAUUGGCCACACCAUCCCGGCUUUAUCCAUUGAUGACCAGCUCAAGCCUGGUAAAACGUAUUUCGUUCUCCCACUCGACAUCUUCUCUACCGAAAUUCUCUCAGCUUCUUCAAUAUCAGCCUUUGUUGCCCACACGCCUAAACUAAUUAACCCAGCUCAUCUCAAGGAGUGUCCUCUAGAAUAUAUAAAGGGAUCAAAUGGGAGAGUUUUGAUCAAGGUGAAACCCGAGUUUAUGGCAAGGCAUCUUACUAGUAGGGUUGAAGGUCAUGAUGAUGAUGAUGAUCAAGGAAACAAAGGUAUAGGUGGAAAUAAUUCAAGUCGUAGUUGUUUGUGUAGUACACCUGAGCUGAAGAAGGAGUAUGAACAGUUAGUUCGGUCUAAGGAUCAAACGUGGUCUCCUAAUCUUGAGACCAUUUCAGAAGCGAAGAGGAUUUGGUAUUCUCCAUAUAGAGUAAUAGGAUUGGAAUGGAAAGACAAAGAUGAGUUGGACGCAUAA